AUGAACACAAAUACAGAGGAUUUCACAUUCCCGGUAAUUAUCACUAGCAACAACGUUAACGUCUUUCCUUCUCUAUGGCGAAUUUCAUCAGUCGACGAAUCGGAUAAUAUUUGCGCGCAAAAUUCCGAGCGCCAAAUCGGGGUCAUAUUUCGAAAGAGAAUUUUCACGAGCUCGCCAUAUUUGGAGAGUGACAAAAAUGGAAAGUUAGAUGGAGGCUCAAAGGCAGAUGAAGAGAAGAUGGACGUGCUUUGGGAGGAUUUCAACGAAGAAUUAUUACAAGACGGCUUAGGUAACGAUUUCGAGAGUAAUUCUAAUGAUGUUAGCAAUUGUCACAUGGAAUUGUCGUCCGAUUGUUCCGAGUUUUGUUACAUUAACGGUGACGAUGAAAAUGAUGAUGAUUUUGAAGGGUUGAAAAUGGAAUGUGGGAUUUUGAAGAGAAAGAAUUUGGAGUUGUGGGGGAAGAUGUUGAAGAAGCUGUUUUUGCUGCAAAAUAUAGUUGUUGUCAAGAAAAAGAGUUCAUAA